AUGAAGCAUGUGUCGACAUGGGGGAAGCGUGAAGAGGCUGUGGCGGGGCUGGUGUGGCUGAGUCUGGCGCUCGGCCUUGCGGCGGUAGCCGGGACAUCCGUGUGGGCGGCGGCGGUCUCGGCCGUCCUCCUCGGCCACGUGGCGGUGUCUGUGGGCGAGACUGUAGUCCAUCGCAACGUGUAUCAUGGCCAUUGGGCAUGGAUCAAGGCCAAGCGGCCACCGGCGCUCGCCGGGGCCAUCGCUUUUCUGCAGCCAGUGGUGGACGGCGUCCACGGCUGGCUCCGCGCCGGCUACGUCCACCACUGGGUUGUCCACCACGACCACGCACGGCGCGCGCCUGCCGAGGUGGCGACGACCGGCAUGCCGCCGGCCGAUCUUGCGGCUGAAGCCGACAAUGUGCACGGCGCCGGCCACGCGGCGGCGCUGUACUACUCGAGCUACGGCAUGGAGUGCUUCUCGUUUGGCAUUGCCGCUCAUACGUCGACACUGCUGGCAACGCCGAUGCCGCUGGUCGGCGCCGUGCUGGGUGGAUGGUACGCGUGGGCCGGAACAUCAGCAGCCGGAGUGGCGGCGCUGAUGACGCUGUUCUGGCUGCCUGCAUGCUGGUACGCCGCAUCAUCGUGCGGAUAUCACAAGUACCUGCACUUGCGGCCCAAGCUGCGGGCGGCGGCGACGCCGUGGUGGCUUCGCUGGCUUGUUCUCUCUCGCGAGGGCGCCCGCCUUGCCGCCGACCACCACGCCCAUCACUUUGGAGCCAAUGCCGAUGCCUAUUACAACAUUGUCCCGCUCGGCCGCUGGUUCACGUGGUGGCUCGCCUAA